AUGGCAUACCAGUUCUUUGCGAAAGCCCCAGGGAAACCGUCCUCUUCGUCGCCGGUGCCUCCACGGCAAACACAAGGCCAUCCCCCCAUUCACCCUCCGGCCCUGCAACCGCCCAAGUCCGCUGUCGCAAAGCCCCGACCAGUCGCGGAGCCCUUUGAGCCGUACCCGCAUGCAAUUCCCGCAGGCUAUGCGACAUCUCACCCUCAUGUCACAGUCGAGACGGUUGGAACCGCGCACAUACCAUCGUUGACGCGCAUUACGGGUCUAUUGCUGCCCAUUCGCUACCCAAACUCAUUUUACACAGCCACCAUUACGGACCCUGUCAUCGCGUCUUUGUCACGCGUUGCGAUCUACCAUGACCACCCGGUGGCCGCUGUGCCAGACUCGAAUACCUCGACGGAGCCCGGCAAAGUGAUAGGGGGUAUCCGGUGUCGACUAGAGAGGCAAGACCCCGCGGGGGAUCAAAGCGAACAGGGAACGACUCUCUACAUCCAAACCCUGCACCUUCUUUCGCCGUACCGAGGCUAUGGUGUUGCGGCAGCCCUGUUGAACUCGCUGCUCUUCGAAGUAUCUCCGGGGUUGAAGAAGCAACAUCGGGUCUCGCAGUUAGUGAAGCACUAUCAUAUACGCCGAGUGACAGCUCAUGUCCACGAAACAAAUGAGGAUGGGCUGAGAUGGUAUACUGCGCGAGGGUUUGAGGUCCAGGAGGGUGUUGUGGAAGGCUACUAUCGACGUCUGAACCCAUCGGGCGCGAGAAUCGUCAAGCUUGACUUAGAGUGGCAGGACGAGAAUGAACAGGCCGAUGUGGCCAAUAAUAAGGACGAAGAGGUGCUCCAAAGCACAACUCGCAGCGAUCCAGAUGAUGAAGACUGGGAGAAAGUUGAAGCAAAGGAUGGAGAUGAAGGCGAUCAUGGGGUCCAGCCUUUGCCCGAUUCACAAUCUUUUGACGAAAAUACCCCCUCAAAGAAACGCAAGGCAGAGGACGAGAAGGGCAAUGCACCGCAAAGAAGGUGA